AUGUCCUCGAGAACAAAGCGGCGCGCCGAGUCUCCCGAAAAACGCAAGAAGUCGAAGAAGUCCAAGAAGGAUUCUGACGUCGAGUCUUCGGAGGGAGAGGCGAUCGAUGAUGAUGAGCUCGCAUUCUUGAAGGAGGAAGCUGCUGAGAUCGUGACCAGCGGCCGUCGGACGCGCGGCAACCGUGUCGACUACACCAAGGUCGCGCCUAUUCCAGGCGACGACGACGAUGACGAUGACGAGGAGGAAGAGCGACCAAAGAAGAAAACGAAGAAGCCCGCCGCAAAACCCGCCGCGAAGAAAGCGUCGUCCUCGAAGAAGAGCAAGAAGGAGGAGUCCGAGGAGGAGAGCGCCGAGGAAAGCGAUGAGGAAGAGAGCGCCGAGGAGAGCGAGGUGGACGAGAAGCCGAAGAAGAAGAUCAAGAAGAAGAAACAGGUAGACUCAGAUGACGAUGAUGACUUCAAUCUCCUCUCCAACCUUCUUGUACCUGCGCUAUCAUUCAUUUUCAUGAAGCGCUUACCCUCGAGAGACCGGAAGAGUUUCUUCCCUUUGUUCAUCUCUCCUGCUCUGAUUCGAACGAAGGAUAUCACAGCCUUGUGCGCCAUUUUCGAUGUCGGCUACAAGUUUCGGGAGUGA